AUGAGCGCUUUCAACACCUCGCCAACCAGAAGGGGGAGUCAUGAAGUGCUGGAGCUGAUCCGCUCACAUGGGAGCUCAACCAACACAUUUCCUCCUACAGCUCUUACAGUCACCCGGUUCAACCAGAAUGCGCCGUCUUCUCGAGGGAUUGGCAUUCUUGUUAUGGGCCUCACCGGCGCAGGCAAAAGCACAUUCAUUUCUCAGGUCACCCAGAAGAGUGCAGAUAUUGGGCAUUCGCUAGAGUCAUGUACAACUGAUGUCGUGUUCCAAACAUUGCAGCGUAAAAACGGCCAAACCGUAUAUCUUAUCGACACACCAGGCUUCGACGACACUCAUUUAGAAUACGCAGCGGUCUUCCGAAAGAUCGCUUCAUUCAUAUGUACCUACUGCGACGGCUAUGGGCACAGUAUUCCAAUCGGAGGAAUGAUCUAUGUUCAACGGAUAACAGACAUGAGAAUGUCAGGAUCUUCACUCAAAAGCCUCCGGAUAUUUGAGAAGAUCUGCGGUGAGCGACACUUUCAGGAUGUUGUGAUUGUCACAACUAUGUGGAACUCGCUGAAGACGAAGGAAGCGCAAGAUGCCGCAACGAUGCGUGAAAAGAUGAUGGGGGAAAGACCUGAGUUCUUUGGAAAUAUGUUAAGAAGUGGAGCUAAGAUGGAGCAAUACCAAGGCGAUACCUAUAGCGGCAUCCGGAUUGUCGAGUUAUUAGCAGACAGAUGGAGAACCGUCAUUCUGCAAUUGCAGCGCGAGAUGGGACGAGGCGUAGCUACGAAACUCGAAGACACGACAGCAGGAAGAUACAUCGACGGUGAGCUGGCCAAUGCACGCGAGAAGUACGAGACGCAAAAGCGGGAGCUAGAGGAGUGUGUAGAGGAGACUGAGGAUGAUGAUGACCUGAGAAGCGAAUUCGUCGAGCAAGCUGAAGACUGUACUCGCCAUGUCAACAACAUUAUGACUGAUCAAAGGAGUCUUUCCGUCACACUUGAAGACAUGCGGAAUGAGCAGGUGGCGUGGUGUAGCAUAGGUCGCAACGAUCAGGCAGAGGAUACCGUGCAUGAAAACAACUCCGCGCGCAUUUUCGAGCUUGAGCAUGAGGUUCAAGGGCUGAAAAGAGUGAUAGAAGAGCAGCGUGUUGAAGGACUCCUUGCACAUCGUGAAGGUAUCGAACGAAUCGAAGCCGCCAGGCAGGAACUAGCAGAAGCCAAAGAACGAGAUCAAGAUGUGCGAGAGAGAACAAAGGAAAGACGGCCAAAAGAGGUCAUUACGUGGAUGCGAGAGUUCUUCGCAGGAAGACCCGCUGGAGAUAUCGCGCCAAUACCACGUCGAGCCGACUCCAUGCCCAUAGAGCCGAAGGCCUCCAAGAAGACUGGUUUAAAAGGCUGGAAGCGGAGCCGGUCAAAGGGUCGCCAAAGUGGCAGGCCGAAUAUCAAGCGCACAUCCUCGGAUGAUCACCCAAAGCAGUCCAACACUACUUCGCAGUACCUCCAGGAUCAACAGACUGACGAGCCUGGCUACCUCGAUAUAUCAGAAAGCGAGUCUGAGAGCGAUAUGGAGGACCCGGCGCCUCCGAUGUAUGCGCCGCAUCAUCCUCAUUCGUAUACACCUGUGGCCCCGUACGUGCAUAACAGUCACUAUCACGUCUCGCCUCACGAUGUGUCCAGCGAUCCUACUGGGAUGAUACGUGUUCCACCACCACAGCCUCAGCUUCUGAUGAGAAGAAUCCCACAUUCUGCUGUACCGCCCGACGAUAUCAUUAUUGCAGUGAUGGGUAUAACUGGCUGCGGAAAAACAACUUUCGUCAACCUUUUCUCUGAUCGCAAGCUCGAGGUUGGUCAUGGACUAGACUCAUGCACGGUAUCAGUCCAAGUCGUACCUUGUACGUUCGAGGAUGGCACGAAGGUCUUUCUCGUCGAUACCCCUGGCUUCGAUGACACCUAUCGGUCCGACUCCGAAAUCCUGCGCGAAGUAGCGCUCUGGCUGAACAAGGCGCACACGGAAAAGUUGCGACUAGCUGGGAUCAUCUUCCUCCAAAGGAUCUCAGAUGUGCGAGUGGGCGGUAGCGGGAUUAAGAAUAUCAAGAUGUUUCAAAAACUGUGCGGUGACGGUCCGCUGUCGAGUGUGGUAUUAGCGACCACGAUGUGGGACAUGGCCUCACCUCAUGCUGCGAUCGAACGAGAAAGAGAACUUCAACAACAACCACAGCUCUGGAAACGAAUGAUAGACUAUGGAAGCUGUGUCUUCCGUCACGACAAAGGAAAGUCGUCAGCGCUGAGAAUCAUCAAGUACCUCAUGAAGCGAAAGAAACCCGUAACACUCGACAUACAACGCGAAAUGGUCGACCAAAACCUUGAACUAGUCGAUACAGGCGCCGGAAGCGCCCUCGCAUCAACAGUAGACACGCUCAUCAAGCACUACGAAAAGAAAUUACAAGAGCUGGAACAUGACCUGAGAGAAGCCCGCGCUCAAAGCAACAAAGAAGACCGCGAAAUCUUGGAAGCGGCGCGGAAAGAACACCAAGACAAUCUCGCGAAGCAGCGGCAGGAGAUGCAAAAUUUACAGGUUAGUGCGUUGCAGCUGAUAGAGGAGACUAAGAAGCGGUUUGAAGAGAGCGAGGUAUUGGCGAAGGAGAAUAUGCUACGGGCCCAGGAAAAUCAUGCGGCGGAGCUGGAGAAGCAAAGGAUGGUGUUGCAAAGGCAGUUUAGAGAGAAGUAUCUGCAGAUGAUGCAUGAGCGGGCGUGUGUUGUAAUGUAG